CUGGCUCAAGCCCUGUUCAGUGACCGAGCUCCGACACGGCCGCGCGCCCCACCCCGCGAGGCGCGACCGCGCUCCGACGUCUCCAGCCAUGGCGAACAUGGCCAUCAGCAACAUCACCCUCAACCGCCUCGCCCUCCCGGCCGACGCCGACGUCCGCCACCACUGGGAGAUGAAGGUGGUGGUACCAGAUCCUGUGGUACAGGUAGUAGUAGCGGUACCUGUGGUAGUGGGGUGAUGCCCGCGUUGAUCUCCGAGGAUUCCGCGCUGCCGAAGCCACCAUGCCCGCCGCGGCGGGGACCUCCAGCUCGCGGCGCCGCUCGGCCUCGGCCCUCGACGGUCCGCGCCGGGGCCGCAGCUGCAGGCGGCGCCUCCGCGUCACCACCACUGAGGGCGCCAGCCCCGCCGCCAGCGCCUCCUCGAGCCCGGGCAGCCCCGGCGAGGCGCGGCCCGCCGCUGGCGCCGGCGGCGCCGGCCUCCUCCCCUGCGGCCAGUGCGGGUACCUGGCCCGGUCGAGCCUCGGCCUCUCCAUGCACGUCACGCAGGCGCACCGCCCGCGGCUGCGCGUGCGCGCCGGCCCCCGCGCCUGCCCGGAGGCGGCCCUCUACCACCGCCUGAGGCUGCUGGAGCCCGAGGCCCGCAGGGCGCUGCUGCGGCGCUUCUCGGAGGCGCAGCGGCUCGCGCUGGAGCGCUGGAUCGUGUCGCAGGCCUGGCCGGCCGCCCCGCCAGAGCGGCGCGCCCGGGGCGGCGCGGCGCUGCGCGGCCGGCUGCCCGAGGCGUCCCCCCACGAGCCGCCCGCGGUGCGCCGCCGUGGCGCCGGCGGAGAGAGGCGGGUCGAGCCAGGCAUCGUGUGCCGCCGCCUUCACGGGCGCCUGCUCUUCGCCGCGAGGGGCUCGGUUGGCCCGUUCCGCCUGUUCACCCGCUUCGCGCCCGACCCGGAGGCGGCGGCGAGGCACCGCGACGCGGUCGCGGAGAUCUGCCGCCGGGCGGGCGCCGCCGCCGCCGGAGGCGACGGCGAGCCCCGCGCGGCGGCCGACGGCGGCGCCCCCGGCGUGCGCGGCGGCGGCGCCGAGGCGCUCGCCGCGGCCUUCGCCCGGGCGCUGGUCGAGGAGCCGGCGCGGCGCGGCCUGGACGCCUCGCCGGGCGGCAUGGGGCUCUGCUUCGCGGUGGUGGUCUCCGCGGGGUACUGGGUUGGCAGGCAGCUCGUCUCCCCGCGCUUCGCGGCGGCGGAGGUGCAGGCGGGCCUGCGCGCCUGGGCGCGCCUGCGCCGCGCGCGCGGCCUCGUGUACGCGGGCGCCACCAACCGCUACUCGAUCCUGCGGCGGCACACGCCCAGGCAGCUCGAGGCCGCGUGGAGGGCCUUGCGGCGCGCCUACCUCGACAGCUGGGCCGAGGCCGGCAAGGACGUCGGCCAGGCCAAGGCGACGCUCCAGGUGCUGGAGGAGCGCCACGAGGCCCACAGGCGCCGCCUCGAGGCCCGCUGGCUCGCGGGCCUCGCCAGCGCGGCGGCGGGGCGCCGAGGCGCCGGCGCGCCCGCGGCGGGCGCCGCGGGCUCGGCGGCGCGGCGGCGCGCCGCGGGCGCUGCGCGGCAGGUGGAGCGGCUGCUCGCGCAGUGGAGCAGGCGGCACCGGCGCCGCAGCCCGAAGAGCGCGGGCGCGCUGCACGUGGGGAGCUCCCGCGGCCCGGGCUUGCCAGCGCGGUUCGUGCCUGCCGGGCGGGAAGCAGCGGUCUCUGGCGCCAAGGGCGGGUGCACCGAGACGAGGGCGGCGUUCAGCCUCGCGCGAGAGGCCACGAUGCGCUGCGCUGCGCUGGGCCAGCCGCCGUGCUGCCGUGGGGAUGACAGCGCCCAGCGCAGACCCGAGUGGCCGCAGCUUCGAGGCUUCGGGGUGGAGAGGGCGGCGAUAAUGUUAACAGCUGCGUGCACCGCAGCGGCGCAUGGCAGGAGCAGAACGCUCAUCAAGCAGAGCAGAGGGCGAGAGUGCGUGAAGGAUUACACAUGCGGUCGUGACGGGCGCGCGCUGAAUCUUGUCUUCCUCGUGGUGCAGCUCGGGUGCAGGCGCACAGAAGCCAUGACCUUCUCACAUCUCCAGCGAGCGAGGGAGAGGACGAGCCAGAGAACCGCCGAGGCCCUGGACGGGGCCAGGGCGGGGCUGGCCCAGACGCACCUGGUGGAUCGCGAACCGAUGGCUUCCAGGAUCGUGCUUGCGGUGCCCUCAAGGGAGGAAGCGUGCGCUCAUGGCCACCGCAGCGCCCGGCACCGGCUCGUCUGCGGGCAGCUGAGCGCGCUUGCCCUCACGAGCGCCCUGCCAGACCAGUUCGACCGCAACGCGUCGCUGCAGUACCACCAGCAGGCGAUCACGCACGCGCUGGCGCCGCAGCAGUCGCAGAAGCAGCUCCCCUGUCAGCUCGUGUUCCCCGACGACACGAUGGCCAUCGGCUCGCCGGCCGUCGCCCGGAACGCCCUCUUCCCCACCGAGCGGGACGGGACGCAGGAGACCGAGGAGGAGAGGCAGCGGCGGCUGCUGCAGAACGAGCCGAUUGUGGUGGGCAGGGGCCAGGCAGCCGGCAGCGACCUGUGGUCGGCGGCCUGCGACCUCGGGGAGGCCCUGCUCUCGGGCGUGGCGGCACACUUCCCAGACGCCAUCGAGCGGGUCCAGCUCGGGCGCCCCACGGAGCCCGCCAUCCACGUGCGCUUCCGCUGCGCCCUGAAAGGCGAGUUCGCGACGCGGUCCCGCAUCGGCGGUGAGCUGCACCUGGGCCCGCAGGUCGGCUUUGAGCUGCGGCCCGCCGAGGACCUCGGACGCGGCCGUGGUCGCGCUGCGGGUGCACGGGCUGGCGAUGCGCCCGCUGGAGGAGAGUGCACGGCGAUGCGGGCGCGCAUGCUGCGGGAGCUCGGCGAGGACCGCCCGAUUCCGCCCAGGUGGUGGGAGGACCACAUGCACGAGUUCCCGCCGGAGACAUCGAAGAUGCGUCGCAUCUACGAGUCCUUCCUCGGGCUCAAGACGGCGCCGCUGCCCCGCUGGGCUCGCGAGAAGGGCAUCUGGGGCUACAUCAACGCGGUGCCGGAGGCGUACCGGACGUUCGAGCUGCGGCGAGACCCCCGCGCGCCCGGAGGCAUCAGCCUGUCGCUGGCGCUGGAGCCUGCCAGCACCCCGGAAGAGGAGGCUGGGCAGGCACUCAUACGCGGCUUCUGCCAGGAGAGUCCUGCGCAACGACCGCGCCGCGGCGCAGAGGCUCGCCGCCUCUUCCACGAACUAUCUGGCCAUGAUCCACGCGCCGCCCAUGGGCGCCUGCGCCGCUUGUCCGAGGAAGAUAGCCAAGCUGUUCACCGCCGCGCGGACGUGGGGCCCCGGCGCGGACUCCUGGAUGCGGUGGGACGACACCUGGCUCUGCGUUGA